AGGCGGCCGCUCCGGAGCCGAGCCCAGCCGCCACUGGGCUGUGCCCCUCCGGGAACCCCUCUCUUGGAUGCUCUUUGAAGUGAAAGAGGGAGGCGGCCGGGCGGAGGGGAACGGAGAGCAGAGCCGAGCCUCUGGUCUCUGCAUUAGUGCCGCUCAGCGCACCUGGGGCUGCCCACCCUUGCUGCCCGUGCCCCGUUCUCUGGGAGGACAACCUGCUGACCCCGGGCCAGGAUGGACGGCAGAUGGUGGCACGCACACCAGGCCUGGUCCUUGCUGUUGGUGGCAGUCGUGGCUGGGGGUGCAGCGUCUUUGGGGACCACGGACAACAGCCCGACGUCUAACAGCCUGGAGGGGGACAGCGACGCCACUGCCUACUGGUGGGGGGAGUGGACCAAGUGGACGGCGUGCUCCCGCAGCUGUGGGGGUGGGGUGACGUCCCAGGAGCGGCACUGCCUGCAGCAGAGGAGGAAGUCGGUCACAGGCGCCGGGAACAGGACCUGCACGGGCACAUCCAAGCGGUACCAGCUCUGCGGAGUGCAGGAGUGUCCGCCGGACGGGAGGAGCUUCCGGGAGGAGCAGUGCACCUCCUUCGACUCCCACGUGUACAACGGGCGGACGCACCAGUGGAAGCCUCUGUAUCCCGAUGACUACGUGCACAUCUCCAGCAAGCCGUGUGACCUGCACUGCACCACCGCGGACGGCCAGCGGCAGCUCAUGGUCCCCGCCCGCGACGGCACGUCCUGCAAGCUCGCCGACCUGCGAGGGGUUUGCGUGUCUGGAAAAUGUGAGCCCAUCGGCUGUGACGGGGUGCUCUUCUCCACCCACACGCUGGACAAGUGCGGCAUCUGCCAGGGGGACGGGAGCAGCUGCACCCACGUGACGGGCAGCUACCGCAAGGGGCACACUCACCUCGGUUACUCUCUGGUCACCCACAUCCCAGCCGGUGCCCGAGACAUCCAGAUUGUGGAGAGGAAGAAGUCAGCCGACGUGCUGGCUCUUGCAGAUGAAGCUGGCUAUUACUUCUUCAAUGGCAACUACAAGGUGGACAGCCCCAAGAACUUCAACAUCGCGGGCACUGUGGUCAAGUACCGGCGGCCCAUGGACGUCUACGAGACCGGCAUCGAGUACAUCGUGGCACAGGGGCCCACCAACCAGGGCCUGAACGUCAUGGUGUGGAGCCAGAACGGCAGGAGCCCGUCCAUCACCUUCGAGUACACGCUGUUGCAGCCCCACGUGCACCGCCUCCCGCCCGCCUACUACAGCUUCCCCGAGCCUCACCCGGAGAGCGCCAGCGAGAGCGCCGAGAGCCAGGAGCUGGACAGCCCUGGGAUGCUGGGCUUCGUGCAGUACAACGGCUCCCUCUAUGGCCAGGCCUCCUCAGAGCGGCUGGGUCUGGACAAGCGGUUGUUUGGCCACCCCGGCCUGGAGCUGGAGCUGGAGCUGAGCAAGGGCCAGGAGACCAACGAGGUGUGCGGGCAGGCCGGCGGCCGGGCCUGCGUGGGGCCCCUCAGGGGCAAGGGCUUCCGAGACCGCAACGCCACUGGGAUGGCCCUCGCUGGGGACAAGAGCGACCAGGAGGCCAAUGCCCACUUCACCUCCCAGGAGUUCCUCUCAGCCAAUGCCAUCUCUGACCAGCUCCUGGGCAUGGGCACGGACUCAAAGGAGCUUGCCCUGAAUGAGACCAUGAACAGCAUCUUCGCUCAGGGCACCCCGAGGAGCUCCCCGGCCGAGAGCCUCUAUGUGGACUAUGAGGACGGCGAGGGAGUGGGUGCCUACCUGCUCAACGGGUCCUACCUGGAGCUGAGCAGCGACAGAGUCACCAACUCCUCCUCUGAGGCCCCGUUCCCCAACGCCAGCACCAGCCUGCCUGCCUCAGCUGGGAACAGAACUCACAAAGCCAGGCCCAGGCCCAAGGCGCGCAAGCAGGGCGUGAGUCCAGCUGACAUGUACCGGUGGAAGCUCUCGUCCCACGAGCCCUGCAGUGCCACCUGCACCACAGGGGUCAUGUCGACGUAUGCUAUGUGUGUUCGCUAUGACGGCGUCGAGGUGGAUGACAGCUUCUGUGACGCCCUGACCCGCCCGGAGCCAGUCCACGAGUUCUGUGCCGGGAGGGAGUGCCAGCCCAGGUGGGAGACGAGCAGCUGGAGCGAGUGCUCGCGCACCUGCGGCGAGGGCUACCAGUUCCGCAUCGUGCGCUGCUGGAAGAUGCUGUCGCCCGGCUUCGACAGCUCCGUGUACAGCGACCUGUGCGAGGCGGCCGAGGCCGUGCGGCCCGAGGAGCGCAAGACGUGCCGGAACCCGGCCUGUGGCCCACAGUGGGAGAUGUCCGAGUGGGCCGAGUGCCCGGCCAAAUGUGGGGAGCGCAGUGUGGUGACCAGGGACGUCCGCUGCUCAGAGGAUGAGAAGCUGUGUGACCCCAGCACCAGGCCUGUGGGCGAGAAGAACUGCACGGGCCCCCCCUGUGACCGCCAGUGGACCGUCUCCGACUGGGGACCGUGCAGCGGAAGCUGUGGGCAGGGCCGCACCAUCAGGCACGUGUACUGCAAGACCAGCGAGGGGCGGGUGGUGCCCGAGUCCCAGUGCCAGCCCGAGACCAGGCCCCUGGCCAUCCACCCCUGCGGGGACAGGAGCUGCCCCGCCCACUGGCUGGCCCAGGACUGGGAGCGGUGUAACACCACUUGUGGGCGUGGCGUGAAGAAGCGACUGGUCCUCUGCAUGGAGCUGGCCAACGGGAAGCCGCAGACGCGCAGUGGCUCCGAGUGCGGGCUGGCCAAGAAGCCCCCCGAGGAGAGCACGUGCUUCGAGAGGCCCUGUUUCAAGUGGUACACCAGCCCGUGGUCUGAGUGCACCAAGACCUGCGGGGUGGGAGUGAGGAUGCGAGACGUGAAGUGCUACCAGGGGACCGACAUUGUCCGCGGCUGCGACCCCCUGGUGAAGCCUGUGGGCAGACAGGCCUGUGACCUGCAGCCCUGCCCCACGGAGCCCCCAGAUGAUAGCUGCCAGGACCAGCCAGGCACCAACUGCGCUCUGGCCAUCAAGGUGAACCUCUGUGGCCACUGGUACUACAGCAAGGCGUGCUGCCGCUCCUGCAGGCCCCCCCACUCCUAGGCCCACCAGCUGGAGACCCACAUAUCCCACCCGGGUCGCCGCAGCCUCUGGGCCUCUCCGCAACACCUUCCUGCGGGGUGCCCCGGGAUGUGAGGACAUGACACCAAGCCUUGGCUGAUGAGGGACUGCCCACGGCCCACGGACCUCUGCUGUCCCCGGCAGGACCCCAGUGCUCUCGGCCUUCCUCCGGACAGUGCCACCAUGGGCGGACAAGCAGAGCCGUGCAGACUCGAGUCUGGGUGCCCGCCCCACACCCAGAGGCCCCCAGCAGGGGGGCCUAGCCCAAAGCCCAGUGGUGGACCUGGCCCUCACAUCUGCCCACGGUCCAGGCACUUCUCUGGGGGUGGGGCCACCCCAGGAGACACACGGACGACCCCAGCCCCGGAAGGGUAGAGAAGGGCAGCCAAGGAGAGCCUGGUGGUGUUUAGGGUACCCUUCUGGGAGUCUGAGAAUCGGCAUAGCCUGCUUCAUCGGACGGACCAUUGCACUUUCCGCCAGGAGGAGGCGCAGUUCUGGUGGAACCGCAGGUCCUGCACAGUGGGCUCGACCCGGUGGCCCCGGCCCUCAUUAGGUACAGUAAUAAAGUGGCCUAUUUAUGGUG